AUGAAUAAUUCUUCACACUCAAUGGGAGUUGGGCAACCACAUCAUCCAACUAAUCACACAAGACCAUUUUUCUAUGUUCAACCACCAACUCAACCUUAUUAUAAUAUGUACCAAUGGAAUAUGAACCCAUAUGGCCAGUAUGGUCUUCCCCCACCAGUAAUUCCUUAUGGGCGUCCAUAUAUGGCUCCAUAUCCAUACACUGGUAUGCAGUAUCCUGGCUAUGUGGUUCCCCAGGCUCCGAUGCAGCCUGUUGACUACAGUAGGGUGUUUAACCCCCACAUCUCCUCUGCGACCUAUGACGUCCAGUACCGCCACCACUACCAGCAACAGGCCUGUGUACUGCGAGAGACCGUAUGUUCAGAGGUUCAAACUGAUCCGAGCGACACUGUCCACAAGCUGAUCGACAGCCUGGACAGGCUCAGAACCAAUGAGAAGCCACCUGAAGACAGUGAGUUAAACCCUAAAUCUGACCUAGGGUCCCUAACCUCUGAGACAACCAUUUCUUCCUCUGGAAAUAUGGAAGAAUUCAGUGGGAUGGGUAGGGAGCUGGAGUUGAGACCUCUACCACAGAGACAACCCCAACAGGGUAAGAGGAGGCAGAGGGAGUCUCCUCUGCCCAGCAGUGUAUUCAGUGACUCUGCUAUUACAGCAGUGGUCUAUCAUGCAGAAACCAGCCAGAGUUGCCUGGAGAUGGCCACGCAGGAUUGCUGGUCCCUGGGCUCUGUGGUACUGCCCAUUGACAGCUCUUCUGUCCAUGAGGAGAGUCUGGAGGAGUCUAGGCAGCAAUGCCACUCUGAGAAGAGCCACCUGAAUACUGAACAACCUGGGAUGGAGGGGCAGUCCAGAGAACAUCCUAAUGCUCCAGAGGACGUCAAAUGUGACUCUGUGGCCUUGACACAGAGCCUUGAACUGAAUGGGGCUUCACAUGACCACCACUCACUUGACUGUCUGGCUCCAGAACAAGAUUGUGACAAGGUUCUGAUACCAUCCGCCUCUGAGCUGAAGGACCCUGUAGAAAAUUUAGCCUCCAAGGCAGAGUCCUCUGACUUGCCUUACAGAAUCCUCAGGCUGCCCUGUGAUCAGGUUACAGGCAUGCUGCUGGACGAUCCACUGUGGUAUGUUGACUCUGCUGCGUCCAGUCUGGUGCCUCCACCGCAAAGCCAUCUGUCCCCGCUUGGGAGUGCCUACUACUGUAGCUACUACCCCCAAGUGGCCCAGGAGCGCCAGAGUGUCCUCAGCCCAUCCAUAGACGAGCUCUCCUCCAGAGACGAGCUCUUCUCCACUGAUAUCGACGAUGUGGACCUUAUCUCUGGUGGUCACAUGUAUGUGGGAGGCGGCAAGCUAGCCGAGGCAACCUGCAAUACACCUGACCUCUCUGUUAAGGAAAACGUACCAACUCAAUCCAACCCAGUAGAAGAAGGGUUUGCAGCUUGUUCGAAGACCUGUCUCAGCUGUGGCCUGAGCCUGGCGGAAGAGUUGAGGCCAGACGACUCACAAGGGCUAUGCCGUUAUGUUGAGCGGGAGGAAACGGAUGACGAUGUGCAAGAGGAAGAUGACUACAAUGAGGGAGGGGAGCUGUUGAGCACCUGUCAGGUGCCUGUGAAGAAACCACAUCACCCUAACGGAGUGCCCCAGCUGCCUGCUCGCCAGUUUCAUAACAGUAAACCAAAGAGGGGCUGCUGUGAGGACCACCAUGAAGUCAUGUGUCAUGAAGAGCAGGAGCACGGUUACCUUUGGAGUUUUGACUGCUGUGAGGACCACAAAGCGACUGGCAAAGCUGAGAAGUAUAAAGGGAAAGGAGGACAAAGAAAUGCCCCAUGCAGGCCUUAUAAUGAGAAACCUUGGAGAGCGGGCACUGUGGCAUCAGACCAAGAUAGCUGGGGGAGUUCUGGUGCCAAAUAUAAGCCAAAGUCUUGGAGACCGUACAAUGGGUCACAAGAACAAAGUGAGUUUCCUUUUCGAACUGCUGAAAGGCCAUUCGUUCAGCAGAGGCACCGAAGGACUGACUAUGAUGAUCAUGAAGAAUCCGAGUUCUCUCGCUGCCAGAGGGGCCGAGGGACCACAAAGAGAAGGGGCACAAGAUAUUAG